AUGGGCAAGGUCUGCGCCAUUUUUGGAGGAUCCCGAGGAAUAGGAAAAGCUGUUGCAGAAUUACUGGCACAGAAAGGCUGCCGCCUGGCGAUUAUUGCUAGAAAUCUGGAAGUAGCCCAAACCACGGCACGUAAUCUUGGUGCAGGACAUCUGGCACUUAGCUGUGAUGUGUCCAGCGAACAAGAGGUCCAAAAUACUUUUGAGGAGAUGCAGAGGAAUUUAGGUCCUAUUAACUACUUGGUUAAUGCAGCUGGGAUCAACAGGGAUGGUUUGUUACUGAGAACCAAGACUGAAGAUAUGCUAGCCCAGAUUCACACAAACCUUUUGGGAACCAUGUUGACAUGCAAAGCUGCUGUAAAAAGCAUGAUUCAACAACAGGGAGGUGCUAUCGUCAAUAUAGGAAGUAUUGUAGGACUUAAAGGCAACUCUGGUCAAAGUGUAUAUAGCGCUACCAAAGCAGGAUUAGUUGGAUUUUCACGAUCUCUUGCUAAAGAAGUAGCAAAAAAGCAAAUUCGAGUCAACGUGGUUGCUCCAGGCUUUAUUCACACAGAGAUGACUGCUCAUUUGGAAGAAGAUCAGUUGAAGAAAGCAAUUCUCCUUGGAAGAUUCGGAGAGCCUCGUGAAGUUGCACAAGCCGUUGUCUUUCUUCUGGAGUCGCCUUAUAUUACAGGGAGUACUCUAGUCGUAGAUGGAGGCUUGCAGCUUCUGACUUAAGUACUGACUUGAAUAAGGACCU